UGUCAACAUUGCGAUUAUUAUAAUGCGUCGGUAUGGUCGUGUCGAAGUGAACCGUCUGUGAUUUGUUUAUAAAAUAUUAUUUCGUGAAAAAGUAUACAAAAUGGAUAUCUUCGAUUUGCUGCUAAGUGUCGGAGUGAUCACCGCUACAUUGGUGUUUUACUUAAUAUUGUUUAAGCGAGCACCUAAGAUGCAAGGAGAGUAUAGAGAACCAGGUUGGAAUUAUUCCUUAAAGUAUUUAUUCGCGCGGUUCUACGUAGUAAAGCGAUGGAAAAAGGGUAUGAGAGCACGUGGCGACUCGGAAGUUUCAGAACUGCCUCGUGAUGGCCAGUUCGAAGGUUGGGAUGGCAUACGUUUCCGCACUACGUCGACGGAAGGUGACAUGGUGCUGUUGGAGAUACGUAGGCUGUGCGGACACCAAUCCCUGGCGGAGGUCACGGUGCAUGUCAGAUUAUCAGAUGGCACUAAUUACAGAUUGCCACGUCAUCCAGACACUGUCACAGGCACUUGGGUGAAUACCCCAGACGGGUGGAGUAGUGGAGGACUGAAGAUACAAGUUUUGGAAGCAAAAACAAGGCUAAGAAUAUUAUACAAUGGUUUGCUGACUCGUGACGAUGGAGUUACGCAACAUGCGCAAAUGAACCUUAUUUGGGCGUCCGCAUCGCACGUGAUGAGGUAUCCUGAAGACUGGAGCGAUCAGUUGGCCGCUGAAGCUCUUGCUUUAGAGCCCUGGCGUGACGGCAAUUGGAGUAAUCUACUAGAAAAGUGGAAAGAGGGGGGUUGGCACCAGUGGGGUAGUGCACAGGGCCGGCUGCAGUUGUUCGACGGUGUGGGGGUGCCCACACGCACUGAGUACCUGCGCACGCGUGGGCUGCGCGAGCGCCGCUGGAUGCCGCAAGCGCAAGCACUCCGACGCUCUGUUUCUAUCAUCGCGCUCGCGAGAGAUGGGACAGCUGUUCAGAUCCGUGCACACUCCUACAAGAAUAUUAUAACGCAAUAUGUUUUUGGCACGGUUCGCUAUCCUAAUUCUGUCGUGAAAACUAUCACCGGUACCAGUCUACAUUUGCCUGAUUUUUAUGAGUACCCCGGUGCGAUACCUAGUGUCUUUACGCUUAAUGUGGAGAGUGCAGAACGUAAUCUACAGUUGGUGGUACAUCCCAGCUAUGAUGGUGGACGUUUAUUAACCGGUGUACCAUACCAACAUGAGACAUUUUACCGCGUGGCAGCGGUAGGCAUUAACGGAGAACCUGGUUAUGGUAUACUAGAGUUGGGGUAUUUACCUUCAGAUGUAAGGGAGCCGUCAGUAGUAUUGUCUAGCGGUCCGUCCCUCCGUUGGGCUUCGGCAGAGGAAUGUGGUGAGGUGGAACAGUACUGUGUACAGAUGCAUGAACGCAUCGCCGCUUGUCCACAAUACGUGGGCGGGAAGGCAGCUUCACUCGCUCUUCUAGCCUCCGUACAAACUGCUCAAGGGUAUCGAGUUCCACCAGCCUUUUGCAUCACCGUUAAAGCAUUGGAAACUCAUUUACAAUCGAAUCCUCAUCUAAAUCAAGCUAUUAAAGAUAUAGAGGCGGCUAAUGAAAAUUAUAAUGAAACUAAAUUCAAGGAAAAAUGCGCUAAGGCCGCCGAAUUAUUUUGUAAAACAGAAAUAACUGGUAAACUAUUUGAUGAUAUCAUAAAACAUCUCAACGAUUUGCGGAAAAAGGCCGCCAGGGAAGACUUUGGUCCAGAAAGACGUUUCGCAGUCAGAUCUUCCGCUGUCGGCGAAGAUAGUGAGACGUUAUCGGCUGCCGGCCAAAAUGAAACCGUGUUAGGUUGUGUGAGUGACACUGACGUGAUUAAAGGAGUGCAGAAGUGUUGGGCGUCAAUGUAUGCGUUCACAAGCGCUUACUAUAGGAGACAGAACGGCCAGCCGUGUAUGUGUGGCGGGGCCGUGGUGGUACAGGCGUUGGUGAGUGCACAGAGUGCGGGCGUGAUGUUCACGCGACAUCCCGCCGCCGGGGACCCAACGCGAAUACUCAUCACCGCCAACUAUGGACUUGGAGAAAGCGUAGUUUCCGGGUCGGUGGAACCGGACACGUUUAUAAUAUCACGUGAUCAAGAUGACAGUUUGUCUAUUUCGACAAUAGAAUUGGGUUCGAAAUUGAAGCGGGUCACCGUAUGCGCAGAGGGCGGCGUGAACAUGGAGGAAGUGCCGCUGUAUGAGAGAGAUACAGCGUGUGUUAGCAAUGACGAUAUUUUGAGACUCGCGCAUAUAGGAGUAUUGCAGGAUAAACUCUGGGGCGCGCCUAGAGAUAUCGAGUGGGCCAUCAGCAAGAACGAGAUCUUUCUUCUACAAGCGCGACCAGUCACGUCUUUGGAACGCUGGACCGACGAGGAGUUGUUGCACGAACUGGAUUCGCCUAUUAUGGACGAUGAUGACCUCACUACUACCGCCAACUGCGGCGAGGUGUUACCGAAGCCAGUGACGCCGUUGUCUAUAGAUCUGGUGCUGAAGCCACUCAAUGAUGGCAUGAAUCGAGCUGUAUCGAGCGGCAUGGGCGACUAUGAUAAUUCCAUCAUAGUCACGCAUAACAGAUGUAUGAUCUCUUUAUACAAUCCUAUUAACAUUAAUGUCGCCCUGAUGGGGCAAAGGCGCUCCCUAUUAAUGGAGUCGAACCGAAUGGGGCGAAAGAAGGUGGUGUAUCGUAGGGCUCCUGCUAACGGACGGGUGGAUGUUAACACGCGUAUGAUGGAGAUGGCCAUUCACGGUCAUAAGGUCGCGACUGAUGAGAUCAUACGGACAGCUGUACGCCGUCGCCCGCCCAAGUGGUACGAUAAAAUCGUAUUGAUGUGUUUACUUCUUAAGUACAAAAGUAACGUUGAAGUUACCGAUUCUUUAAAAUUACAGUUUUUAAUUACUUCAAAGUGGCGCAUGAACAAUACAGUAAAAAUAGUGAAAGAGAUGAACGUGAAGACAGAAGUGGAGAGGCCGAUGGAUAUAUUAGAAUCGUUGUGGGAGUCGAAGCGGUUGAUGGGGCGGGUUGCAUACAAUCACGGCAUCACAAGCGGCGCAAGUACCGCCAACCAGUUGAUAGCGAUGGCCGUGUUAUUGGAAGGCAGUUCUGAUUAUACACCAGAGUAUUGCAACGAAAUCUGUGCGAUGUUCAACUCCGGGAAUGUCCUAUCGGCCGAGGUACCUUGGGGUUUGGCCAAGUUAACACAGGAGAUAGAAGAAUCAGGCAAGGCUGAUCAGUUUCGUAAACAAGACCCUAAGGAUGCAAUGUAUUGGUUGCAAAAGAAUGUACCUCAUGUACAUUUAAACGUGUGCGUCUUCUUGGAGCAACAUGGUCAUAGGGCUAUUAUGGAGUUUGACUUGGCUACUAAACCUUGGGUCUUGGUACCAGAAAAUUUAAUGAAGAUAUUACAAAACUUAAGGGUGUCUAAUCAAGAAGCUCCAACUGUUAGGAGUGACAUUGAAGUUAUCAACUCCUUAACUCUCCCUAAAAAGAAUAGCACUCGGAAAAUUCUCGCUUGGGUGUUGCCCCUUUGUCACCGUACAGUCCGUCACAGAGAGACUACUAAAGCUCACUUUAUCUUGGCUGUCCACAAACAAAGGUUGGCUGCCAUAGAAUUGGGGAAGCUCUUGGUACGCCAGUGGUACUUACCUGAUCACGAACUUGUCUUCUUCUUUAGUUAUUGCGAAUUGAAGAAAUAUAUCCAAACACGGGAUCCAGCUUUAUUGAGAAAGGCCAUUCAACGUCGACAAUGUUACCCGGGCUGGUGCAAGUUAAAGUUCGCAGAGUUGAAUACGGGCUGGAUAUAUCCAUUGGACAACGUGGAGGGAGAGAGGGUGCGGACGGGCGGGGUACGCCUCGAGGCAACCUCCGUGUGUGGCGGCGAGGCAGUGGGGAGGGCCUGUGUCGUCAGGGAUCUGUCCGAGAUCGAUCAAUUGCAACAAGGGGACAUUUUAAUCACUUACGCUACUGAUAUUGGCUGGUCCCCAUAUUUUCCACUGCUAGCUGGUAUAGUCACCGAACUGGGAGGACUUAUAUCACACGGAGCUGUAAUAGCACGCGAAUACGGUUUACCGUGUAUAGUAGGAGCCACACACGCCACUGACCUUUUUAAGACUGGAGAUAUUGUAAGGCUCAUGGCAGCUAAAGGAAUUAUCGAGAAAGUUGAAGUUGUCGAAUCCAAAGAACAAAAUGGAGAUUCUAUUAUGAUAAAAAAUGAUAAGAGUGAAACGGAUGAAGACAUAUCGUUAUUUAAAUAAAUUACGAGUCAAACGAAUUAAUUGUUGUAAAAACUACUUA